AUGGAUCCCCCUCGGAUUAAGCUAUCACUUCCACCGGAACCCCCAGAUAAGCACAGCCAAAUGGAGAUAGAAUUACCUCUUCACUCCUAUAAGGAAAUGCUCUUGGACAAAUCAGUGAGCAACCAAACUAAUUACUAUGAAAUCUACCACCAACCAAUUCCAGAUCUGGAUAAAGGGAAGUACAUUGAGGGUUCAAUUCCACUUUCACAAGAUGAGAAAGAGCGUCUUUACUUUCUAUGGCGUUACUCUGUAAUCAUCAAAGUUUUCAAGCGAAAGAUACCUCAUCAUCUCCUCCGAUCUAAACUAAACGACCUAUGGAAGUUAUCCGAACAGUUAAUCUUGAUUGACCUAGGGUGGGACUUCUACAUAGUAAAAUUUAGUUUAGAAGAAAGUAUGGUCAAGGCUCUACACCUAGGCCCCUGGUUCAUCUCUGGAAAUUUCCUUUAUGUACGUAAAUGGGAACCAAAGUUUAUUCCUCAAGAAGCCACUCUUACUUCUACUACCAUAUGGAUCCGGCUCCCUCAAUUACCAACAGAGUUCUAUGAUCAGGAUAUCUUGGAGAAAGUUGGUAGGAAGCUGGGUAAACUUCUCAAGAUAGACCAAUACACAUCCUCUAACCUAAGCGGAAGAUAUGACCGUAUUUGUAUUCAAGUUCCACUGAAAAUCCCAGUAGAAACAUCGGUAAUAAUAGGAGACCAUAAGCAGGCUGUGAUCUACGAAAGAGAGGGAACUCUAUGCACCGUUUGUGGCAGAAUAGGGCACACUGCACAAAAUUGCAACUACAGGGCACCCACAACCACAACAACCCACGAACCACAGGAAGAUCAUCAAAAGAAAGUAGUCAUUUCGGAGGAAAGUGAAUGGAAAACUGUCACUUUCCCACGAAGACGCAAGCAUGGACAAGCAAAAGCAACAAACAAAAAUGAUGGUAGAAUGAACAAACCACAACAUGCUCCACAGACGGAAGAAAUACAGGUAAAUUUGUUCGAUGCCAAUUCAGGAAAAUUUCUCCAAAACUCAAACUCUUCGUUAUAA